AUGAGGCAGCCCGGUGCAGCCGGAUCCUCGUCAUCCAGCAGCAGCUCUCGCGUGACGACCAGGAAGGGUUCGACCGUCGGAAUGGACGCUGUUCCGAGGAUAGCUUCAACCCAGAGCAGGCUGCCGAGCCGCGUACCCCAACCCACCACGACGCCUCGCCAGGGAGGACGACCUCAGGCUGCCCGCCGGCCUACACUGGAUCGCCAUACGGGCACGGCAGCUCUGGACUCCGUGCGCUACGACUCACAUGCCCAGGGUAGCCCGGUGGCAUCGAGGUCUAGCAAGUCGUCCGAGGGCGACGGCCGUCACGGAGGACGAGGUGCCCUGCACCGAAAGAGGUCGACCGCUUCAGCCGAUACUGCGGCUGCCGCGAGGGAUGCCGCAUCUUCUUCUCCCCCCCCAACGGUGCCGGCCAUUGACCCUUCCUACUUGGAAUCUCGCGCCACCUUGGAUGCCCAGCUGUGGGCGGCUUCGCAGCAGCCCCCGGACCUGUCCAGGUCUCCCGUCAUCUACCCCGAGCUUGACCGAUAUAGAAACUUCUCGCAGCAGCAGCAGCAGCAGCAGCAGCAGCAGCAGCAGCAGCAGCAGUCUAGGGAGCCAAGUCACGAACGAGGCUCUGGCAUCCCCCACAAGCUGUCUACUCACGAUCUUCCACCCCCAACCCCCGCCAGCGUCAGCAUCCCCUUCUCUAGAAGCAGCAGUCAGCUCAGCGCAUCCCCCUCGACCAAGUUUUCCGGCUCUCCGGGCCCCAGCCCCUACAGCCGCGACACCACGCCGACAUCGAUGUCCUCCCAGUCUCCCAGCCAGACCUUCAGCGCCAAAUUCAGCGCCCCCAAGGUCAGACAGCCCACACCCACAUCGAUGAGGCCGCCGACGGUCCGGAGGAGAGCGGGGAGCACCCCCACAGAGGCCGACGCCGUCUCCGCUGACCCCUACGGCCUGGCCCCUGUUCGCGAGUCGCUCAACUCGUCGUCGUCCAACUCGACGGUCAAGGAUGGAGACCGCAACAGGAAGCCGAGACGCCUGGCGGCACCACCCCCCAGCCCGCCACCCCGCACGUCAUCCCAAAACAUCCUCGGCGGUGACGACGACAGCACCAGGUCGAUGAAUGCGAGGCUCGGCAAGUCCCGCUCGGACUCGGCGGGCGCCUCCCGGGAGGGCACACCCAACAUCAACUCUCAGCUCAUUGCCCCCAACCCCGUCGUCCACAGCAACCUCUCGGCGUCCUCGCUCCCCACCGAGCGGAGGAGCGAGUCCAACGACAGGCCGGUACACGAGCGGAAGAUGACCUCGGCAUCUCAGAUCCCCCAGACCAGGGAGACGGUCAUCUCCACCCGCACAGGAGGCCGACCGAAGCCGCUCGGGAUCCCCGAGCCCACCUCUUCUGCUCACUCGUCACGCACCCCAAGUCCGAACGUCUCAUCCUUCCGCUUCCCCUUCUUCGGUCGUAAGAAGUCCGGCCUGGAGGACAACCCGCCCAAGGCGACGAAGAAGGAAGCCAGGGAGAAGAGACCUCCUCGCAAGGGCCCGGCCGCGGGGACCGGCCACGAGGGGUACGGUCGUCUCGGCGCGGUGCGUAGGCGCAGCGGUAACCUCAACCUGACCCGGGCCGUCCCGGACAACAGCCACGUGUCGCAGGAGAGCAUCACGAGCGACGACUCCUUCUUCUCGGACCGCAAGAAUCCCGUCGUCAUCGCUGGCGGCGGCGUGGUCGACAGCCGUCCAAGCCUGGAGCUCUCCCGCACGGAGAGCGAGCAGAGCCUCUCGUCCCUGCCGAGGCCGAGCACCGAGGCAGCCAGGUCCACCAUGUGGCCCUCACCCGUCAUCCCUCAGUCGGGGGCCAGCUCCCGCCGUCCGUCGGAGAGCAGCGACUCGGAGAGACCGAUGAUGAAGUCGACCCUUGCUCUCAGACGGUCCAUCCACCACGGAAAGGCACUGCGCGGCGGGGACACCGUGCGCGUGCCCCAGCCCAUCAAGACGGACGGCGUCGCGGCGCCGUCCCCCAUGACGAGCUUCGACACGAGCAUCAUGUCUGAGGAGUCGCACCUGGAGCUGCAGAAGGAGCUCUCCCGCGGACGCAGCUCGGCCGAGCAGCAGCAGCGGCAGCAGCGGCAGCAGCGGCCGCCGCACCCCGUGCCCAAGAAGCUGACCAAGAGGGAGCGAUCACCACGCAAGUGGAAUAUCUUUGGCAAGUCGCACAAGCAGCAGUCCGCCGCCAAGCAGGAAGGCAAGGCGUCUCUUCCUGUCAGCGCUGCCGCCGUUCCGGCUCAGCCUGUCGAGAAGAAGCCGGUGGCGUUCUACACCAUGAUGGACUCGUCGGAACCCGAGGACCUCGCUCCCGAAGCGACGGACAGCAUUCACAGCGUCCUCCGCAGCGCAGAGGUCUACCCGGAACCGGCCGAUCUGCAGCCCGCUGAGAUGCGCCCGGCUCCCCUGAGCAUCAACACCCAGCCAGAGGUGGCGGCCCCUUCCUCCGGUGAGACGACGAUGAGCUCCGGUCGGCCCAGCAGGCUGCAGCAUGUCGGCAGGAUCCCCAAGGUUGUCAGCCAACGACAGCCGCCGCAGCCGCAGCCGCAGCCGCCGCAAGACCCAGAGCCGAAGAGGAGCUUCUCGCGUCCUUUCCGCGAUAGCAUCCAACCCCCGUCUCAGCCUGCGGACCACACCGAUACCCAGCCCAUCGGAAAGGGGCCUAACCCGUCGAACGACCCGGCGGAUGUAGGCGGCGGAGGCUCGGUGUCGAACACGCCGGCCUUGACGGCAAAGAGCACGCCCCCGGAGAGGUCUGGAAACGAGGAGUUCCUCCGCUUCUCUCCGAGGAAGAACUCGAAUGCGACUGUCGGUACCAGCAGCUCCGGCUCGGUCCGGUACCCCUUUGACAGCUUGGUUCCCGCCGUCAUCCCGGGACCCGGAGACCCCCCGGCCGAGGAUGAGGUGUGGGACGAGUACGACGACCUGCUUGAGAGUGCGGCCAAGGAGCCACCGUCUGCGACCUCGUCCAGGGGCAUCCCCUUCCACCUCGAGACGUACCAAUCCAGGCUCGUCAGGGAGGAGCCGAUGGAGUCGCCGACGCUUGCGACCGACCGCGUCACGUCGCUCCUGUCAAACCCGACGACCUCGAGCUGCUACAGCGCAGACUUCACGGAGCGACUCCGCAACGCCUUCCAGGUUCACCCGAGCCCCACGUCUUCAGGGUUCGGCGACGUCCAGGGCAGCCCCCAGGAUGACCUGCGGGAGGGGGGGGAGCCUGUCGAUGACGGCCCCCUCGGCCCCCUUCCCGCCGCGGCACGCAGGAGCCUCUCGCCCAUCCGUGAGCGGGGCUCGGCCUCCAGCUCCAGCUGCUGCAGCUCGUCCUCGUCAGAGGACGGCUCCUCCCCGCUGUCGCAGGUCAACCUGCGCGUCGGCUCCAUGACAGUCAGCAAGUGGCUCACGUUCGGGCAGGUGCUCUUCAGCGACGUGCGGCACGACCUGGCCGGCGAAGAAGCGCCUGGGAAGGCAGCGGACCGGCACUCGGUCCUGGUCAUCGACGGCUUGGGCAACGACGACUGGUCCUUCUACGCGGCGGAGACGUACCCGGCGGCCACGUUCUACAACCUGUCCCCGCGCGCACCGCUGCCGACGGGACCCGAGCCGACGACGAAGUCGGCGCCCAGCUUCCCGCUGACGCCGGCCAACCACCACCAGAUCCAGUACAGGUCGCACCUGGACAAGUUCCCGUUUGCAGCGCGGAGCUUCACGUGCGUGGUGUACCGCUUCGCCGUGGCGGCCCCCGACUCGCACUACCGCAACAUCCUCAGCGAGGCACGCCGCGUCCUCAAGCCGGGAGGCUACCUCGAGCUCUCGAUCCUGGACGUCGACCUGAACAACAUGGGUCACCGGGGUCGCCGGGCGGUGCGGCGCCUCAAGGAGAGCAUACACGCGGUCAACGCGGACGUCAACCUCGCCUCGACGGCCGACCUGAUCGUGCGUCUCAUCGGGCGAGCGGGCUUCUACGACGUCAAGGCCGCCAGGGUGGGCGUCCCCGUCGCCACUCCGAAGCCGGUGAACGGCCGUCAGCACGGGGCCGAGGGUCACGGGGCCGAGGGUGACGGCAAGAAGAAGCCCAGCCUGUCGGAGAUGAUGAGCGACGACAGCUCCGCGGCCGACGAGAGCAUUACCAAGAUGGUGUCCCGGGUCGGCCGGUGGUGGUACACCCGGUGCUACGAGAGUGCAGCCGCCAUCGCCGACUCCGACGGCAACGUGAUGGAGUCUAUGUGGGAUGACGGCCGGUUCCUGCGCGAAUGCCAUGAGCUGGGUACCAGCCUCAAGCUCACGGUAUGCUACGGUCGAGCACCUGAUCGUGUGUCUAGUGCCUGA